GAAGGCGAUGCGGAUGGCGAUGCCAAGGAGGCCACUACGCGCAUGGAAGUUAAAGCCUCAGAAGGUGACUCUGUCCUUGCCAAGCUGAGAGCGAAGGCGGAGAAAGAAGAGUCGAAAGACAAGGAGGGGGGCACAGCGUCAGAUGAAGACAAGUCGGCGACGUCAGAGUGGGAAGAUGACGCCGAAGGUCGAGAUGCCGAGGCCGCCGCUGCGAAGAAAGGCGUGAAGAAGAAGAAAGCGGAAGAGAACGCCGCCACCAAGGACAUGAAUGAGGCAGCCCAUGAGGAUGCUAAGGCAACGGGUGGAGAGAAGAGCGGAACUGAGACCGGAAAGGAUGCUCGGAAGAAGGAGAAGAAGGAGUCAAAGGAUCCUGCCACAGCUGACAGCGCUGCCUCGAAAGCGCAAGGUGAGGAAGAAGAUGAGGAGGUUGGGUCACCUGCUGAUGUGAACGAGCCCGACGUGAAAUGGGAACGCAAGACCAAGACAAAAGUUCCCAAGCCCGGUGAGCGCAAGAGGGGAGUGCAGUUUGGAGGAGAUGCUCAGGUUGAGCCUGAGAAGCCCAAGGAAGGUUCCGAGGACGGAAGUGAUGUAGAGCUCUUCCAGGACUUGAAGAAGAAGGGUCCAGCAGAGGCGUCAUAG